GACCCUCGGCAACCCGGUCUGCCCCCCACCUGCCGCACCCAACGCCACGGUGACCGAGCCAACGACUCCAGCAGUCCCAACUACAGAAGUCCCAACUGCAGAAGUCCCAACUCCAGAAGUGCCAGUGCCGAGCGUGCCUGAAACUCCCGCAGUUCCGUCGGUCCCGCCGACCCGUCCCGGUGUGGUGCCUGUCCCAGUGGAAUCUGUUCCGGCUGUAGUCCCGGAACCCACUGUCCCGAGUGAAGAGACCCCGGCCAUCGUCUCGAAGCCCCCUACUGAAAAGCCCACCGAGGGAGAAGCCACCACCGGUGAAACCUCCACCCCCAGUGAAACCCCCGCCGGUGAAAAUGGCACUCCAAGGGCAGAGGGUGGAGCAACCGAGUCCCGUGCCCCCGAAGGAGGGGAGGCCAAGCCAGCGGAAGGUUCCGGAGAGGCCGCUCUGUCCCGUCCCUCUGAAGGGGGGGAAGGUACCAAGGAGGGAGGGGAAGGUCCCAAGGAGGGAGCUGAGUCGAGUGCGUCUGGAGAGACACCUGCAGAGGAAUCUGCAGAGGCGUCAGGUUCCGCUCCUGGGGCCGAAGAGUCUGAGGCCGGUCCAUCGCUCGAAACGGUUUCUAGGGCUCCAGUCAGUCUGGCACUUGAGGCGCGCGCAGCGGUUCCAAAGGGCCAAAGGGUUCUGGGCCCUUUGGAAGCCAGCAACAGCGCACGCAGCGUCUUCGUGCCCAAAUCCUUCAUUUCAUUCGCUGCCGCCUUCAUGACCCUUCUCCUCUUCCUUGCCAACUGAAAGUCCCCCUCUCCUCCUCACAAUUAGUGUGCAUGGUCACAUCAUUUGGCUAAACGCGACGGAUCAUGUCCGUACAAAUACAAAAAGAGACUCUGAGAUUUGCUCUGCUACUGGAGCUGCUCCGUUUUUGGCCCCUAUCGAGGCCACAGCUGGGAGGUUAUAGGCCUCUGGGACUCCGGCGUCCUCAAGUCACCACAUAUAUAAGCAGCAGGAGGAGGGUGACAGAGACUGAGGGAGGGGGGAGGGGGGAGGGGGGGGGGGGGGGGGGAGAAGAGGGGAGGGAGGUACAUCUUAGCGGCCAGAGUCAGGAAACACUGUGUCAAUAGGUGGAUGACCCCCCGGGUUGCUCUCGACGACUGACUUUGAAAAAUUGGAUUUUUUAGACUGAGUGUUUUACCUUUUUUUUGCCUUGCAAUUAGUGCAGUGCAGCUUUGUUCCUGUCUCUUAUACACAUCUAGAUGUGUAUAAGAGACAGUAUAUAAGCAGCAGGAGGAGGGUGACAGAGACUGAGGGAGGGGGGAGGGGGGAGGGGGGAAGAGGGGAGGGAGGUACAUCUUAGCGGCCAGAGUCAGGAAACACUGUGUCAAUAGGUGGAUGACCCCCCGGGUUGCUCUCGACGACUGACUUUGAAAAAUUGGAUUUUUUAGACUGAGUGUUUUACCUUUUUUUUGCCUUGCAAUUAGUGCAGUGCAGCUUUGUUCUCCGUACUGUUAUGGAAAAGGGGGCUUCAAUUUGUUAUUCUUUCACUUAUUUUUUUGUCUCCCUCUGGCCCCCUCUCCUUCUGUUUCAUUCUUUCAAAUUAGCACUAGCUUCACCAACCUUCUGUAUUACCAGUACCCUACCCCCCCCCCCACCCACCCACCCACGCACACACACUCGUACUUGCAUUCUUUUUGCUCAUCAGUCGCUGAAGACUGAUUAGAAGUUCCUGCGGCAAUCCAGCUUCCCUCCAAAACCUGCCCCUGCCGCAUCACCUCACCUGCGGUUCUCACGAAGCUAGACGUCAACCAAAAAAAAAACGCGAUCCUCCUACAGCAGUUAAACAGACAACAGUGAUCAUCUAACGGGCGACGCAAGGGAGGAGAGACGACAACAAAAAAACAAAUGCCACUCACCUUGAAAGCGACAAGAUCAGCUGGACAGGCAGAACACUCAAAACGUUGAGCAGGGCCGAAGAACGUCCACAUCCAGCAGCAUUAGGAUCAUCAUGAUCAGCAUCAGGAUCAGGAUCAGGAUCAGGAUCAGGAUCAGGAUCAGGAUCAGAAGUUAACAGGAUCAGGAUCAUCCAAGAGGAAAAAGCGGAAGCGGGAACGGCAACAGGAACGGGAACAGGCCCAGGAGAAGGAGAAGGACAACGACUAGUAACAGGACCAGGAACAGGACCAGGAAGAGAAGUAGCAGGAACAGGAACAGGAACAGGAUCAUCGAGCAGGAACAGGAACCGGCAAACGGAGGAACUGGAACAGCAACAGGAAUAGCAAUAGGAGCAGCCGCAGGCGCAGGACCAAGAAAAGGACCAGGUCGCGCAGGCCUGGAGCAAGAAAAGCACCAGGAGGACCAGAACCAGGAACAGGACCAGGACCAGGAACAGGACCAGGAAUAGGACCAGGACCAGGCCAGGACCAGGACCAGGACCAGGACCAGGACCAGGACCAGGACCAGGAACAGGAAGAGGAACAGGAACAGGAACAGAAACAGGAACAGGAACAGGAACAGGAACAGGGACUGGAAAAGAAGGGGGUUUCCGAAGAGGAGAGGAACAUAAUCCGUUUGAAUUGCGGACUUUUUCCCACUGGCAGUUCGCCAUCCUUACCUGUCCGAGCAAUUCCAUCAGGAUUCGAAUUUCAAACUGCGAUGGGGCUGUAGGAGAAGGAGCAAUUCCAUAUUUAAUUUAGUGAACUUCGUGGAAACCUCGUCAUUAGAAGGAAGAGGUUAACUUUAAGACUUCAAGUUAGUCGAUGAUUGCAGCCUUUGCAGGCAGGCGCUGUCGUCAGGCAGGCUCACACUUAACACUACCAACUGUCACUCUGUCACAUAGUCUAAGACACCUAGUGCAGUCAGUUCGCUUAGCAGGACUCCUCGACAGUUUCUUACCAAGGUUUGGGUUGCCGGAAAACACCCACUGUGACAGUGACUGCAGUAAUUUGAAUUUCUAAUAUGACACCUAGUAGACUGUAGUAGUACCUCAAACACAAUCAUGCUCAGCAUAGUAGUAGAUACUAGAUAGACAUAGACAGGGCACAUCUGAUUCAUGGUCAUUUCCCGCAUCAUUGUAUUCUUUACGUAUUCGGAUUUGUUUUCCUCUUUCAAAUUACAGG